AAUUUCGUUUCCAACUGCGAAUCAAACAGAUCCUUAGUCAAUUCUCACAAAAAUUAAGAAUGCUUAUACAGUAAAGGGUAGAAUUUCGUAAAACAUUAGGGGUAAUUUAAGAAAUUUGUCAUUCCUUUGGUUUUCGAGUUUUAACUUCUAAAAACAGAGAUGUUUUGCGAUCGAUCACUCCAAAAAGAACUCGGAGCCCUCCAUGCUACAAGCCAGUGCUCGGAUGAUUAUGGGAUGGAAAUCUCGUGUAUUCGCCAGGGUUUCAGUGUAUACAGGCCAUUUUCCACCUCUAGUUCUCUGGGAACCCACGUUUCUAAGGAAGAAUCUAAUCUCGAGAAAUCCAAUAGAAGUGGCGGUAUGAAGUCUCACUCACGCGGAGGAAGUGUCAAGCGAAGAAUUCCUUUUAACAAGCCAAAUGUUAAUCAGCUGAUAGUUGCAGAAAUUAUUGAGCUGAUUAAAGGAGGUGAAGAUAACAUUGAAGUAAGGCUAGAUCAGUUGGGUGUAAAGCUUUCUAUUGCUUUGAUUAGCGACAUUCUUCAGGCCCUUAACCAUGAUGGGCUUCCAGCUUCGCGGUUCUUUGAUCGGGUAAGAAACACCCAACCAGAUAUUGGCCGUACAGCAGAGAUUUGGAGUCUGCUUGUUGAUAAUCUGGGUCGGUUAGAAGACUACGAGUCGAUGGUCCUUGUGCUGAAGAGUCUUUCUCAGAAAGGAAUUUGUUUAACCGAGAAGGCGUUUGCUUUUCUUCUACCUCUUUGCAGUUAUGGAGAUUCAGCUAGAAGCUCAGUGAAACUAGUCGUAGAGAUGUUAGAAAAAGCUGGAGGGUCGUGUCGUAAUUCUGGCAUCUAUGCUCUGAUCAAGAUGCUUUGUAGUUCAAAUUACUUUGACUUGGCCAUCUUCGUGAUGGAAGAAAGAGCUAGAAAGACGUCUUAUUACAAUCUUCUCAUUUGGGCAAAGUGUAGGAGUGGCAGUUUUCAGGAAGCCAGAGAUUUAUUUGAUGAGAUGGUGARAUAUGGCUGUAAUCCAGAUGCUAAUUCUUUUAAUUACUUGCUUGGUAGUCUCUGCAAGAAUGGACGGAUUCCCGAAGCUUGCAAUCUGCUCCAACUAAUGAAAGAAUGGGGUUUUUAUCCUGAUGCCAUUACCUUCGAAAUAAUUGUGCACCGUGCAUGUAGAGUGGGGAGAUUGGAUUUUGCAAUUGAAUUUCUUAAUCAGAUGAGAUCAAUAGGUCUUGAACCUCGGCUGACAACACAUGCUGCAUUCAUCAAGGGCUACUUYCAAACUGGAAGAUUCCAGGAAGCAUAUAAAUAUGUUGUUGACAUGCAUGCCAAAUAUGGAUGUUCCAGCAAUAUGAAUUACAGCUUGCUUGCUAGCCUUCACCUGAAGGAAGGGAAGGUUGUUGAUGCACGAGAGAUCCUUGUUGAAAUGAUUGAGAAGGGUYUCAGRCCCAAUUUUCCUGUUUAUAUGAAAGUGAUGAAAAGUCUUUAUAAGUUAGGUAAGGGAUAUUUGGUUGCCGAUUUAAAAGACAGGUUCUCGAAGUUCAAUUCAAGCAAAGAAGCUGGAUGAAGCUAUCUGGAAUUGUUCUAUAGUGAUGCAACCAUUUUUGUUUUUUUUUUUUUUUUUCUUAACUGUGUAAUGCUGGAACAAGGAGAUGCAUCCAGCUUAAGCGGCAGAUACGUUGACUAGAGUAUAUAUGAGCAAAAAUGAAUAAUUUGAGAGUAUUUGUUACAGAAAAAAAACGUGUAACCUAUUUGGAUU